ACCAGGUUGACGUCUCAACAAUUCUCCGUUCCAUCCUGCCUAGGUACAUACCAACAGGCCAUAUUCCAAGAUGUAUAAGCAGCUAAGAAAAAUCUCGUUAUAAAGUAACUGAAGGUCCAAGUAUUCCUUCGAAAUAGUCCAUCUUCUCCUCUUCUAGAAAAAUAAAGUCAUCGCCACUGCUCCUCAUCAACUCCAACAUGGACGCCGCCAAAAGCGCCACAGACUCCGUAGCGAAAGUAGAAAAAAAAGUAGAGCAUGGCCUAACCCUCCUUUACGAGAAGCUCCCUCUAUGGAUGCAAGAAAACCAUUUCAUAAUUCGCGGCUAUCGUCCACAAUCAAACUCCUACACCACCUCUGCGCGCAGCCUCGGCUACCUACAUAACGAAACCGUAAACAUCUACUCGCACCUCCUCGGCUCCAUAGGCUCCAUCAUCUCAGGGAUUGUCGUGUACACCGGCGUUCUUCCUCGGUACUCUUCAGCUACUCCGGAAGAUGUUUUUGUGUUUAGCUGUUUCUUUGCUGGCGCAGCAGCGUGCAUGGGGAUGAGUGCGGCGUUUCACACCAUCUCGAAUCAUUCGCAUGCCGUGGCGAGCUUUGGGAACAAGCUUGAUUAUCUGGGGAUUGUGUUUUUGAUCUGGGGGAGCUUUGUCCCGUCGAUUUACUAUGGGUUUCAGACGCAGCCGGAUUUGAUUAGGAGGUACUGGGCUAUGAUCACCACUCUAGGUGCCGGCACAGCGGUCGUAGCCACCCACCCCAAAUUCCGCACCCCGGCCCUCCGCCCCUUCCGCGCCGCCAUGUUCAUCGCCCUCGGCCUCUCCGCCGUCUUCCCCGUCCUCCACGGCGUGAAAAUCUACGGCGUAACCAUGAUGCGGGACAUGAUCGGCCUAGACUACGUCGUCGCCCAAGGCUUCUUCUACAUCCUCGGUGCCGUGAUCUACGCAUGCCGCGUCCCCGAACGCCUCUCCCCCGGCACCUUCGACAUCUGGGGCUCCUCGCACCAAAUCUUCCACUUCUUCGUCGUGCUCGCCGCCGCGACGCACCUCGUGGGCUUGCUGAAAGCGUUUGAUUACGAGCACGAGCGGCGAGAUUCUGGGUACACGUAUGGGCCGGGCCACGGCGGGAGGUGGAGUGCUUGUGCCUUUGAUGGCAAUGAUAGUAGGGUGUGUCGCGGGGCUAAGCUCUCGGAUCUGUGGGGGUGGGAGCCGGCGAGUCUGAGAUGAGGAGGGGGUGGGAGAGUUGGGUU